AGUUUAAAAGAGCUUUUUUUUUUUUUUUUGUUAAAAUCAUCCAACAAUGGAGGGGCCACAAAAUGGUGAAAUUUUGCCACUUUUAGGCAAACUCUUCCAUCAUUUUAUUCUGACUAAAUCCCAUGUCCCUCCACAUUACAAUAUUUAUUUGCCAGUAAAAAUGAACUCAGUUUUACCUGGAAUUAUGAUCCCUACGGCUAUAUACUGUGGGGAAAAGGUAUGGAAGAUGAAUUAUUAUGGGAACAGAAGAAGUAAAGCACUUGAGUCAAAACAAUGGAAGAAGUUUGUUAAUGAUAAUGGUCUCAAGUGUGGAGAUGGUUGCGUAUUUGAGCUGUUGGAAUGCACCGCCAGUUUACUCAAAUUCAGAGUUCAAAUUCUUAGAGGUCACAUCCCUUUCCAGCUCCACCACAAGUUUACCGGUGAAACUAAGGACACCCCCAUAGUCAUUGACUAGCUAAUAUGUAAAUAUAUAUUCAUUAUAUGCCCCUCCUUCUCCUAAUAUGAAUUUAUGUAAUCUUACUUUUUGUGUGCUAUCUUACUUUUCCUUAGUUAAUUAUAUAUCGUACCUUUGAUUUUUGUGUUUCA